CUAGCCACAAAAGCCCUCGGCGCGCCAGAGGAUUUUUAAAUUGAGGGACGUUUGGAGCACGCGAGGAGGAGUUAAGCGACAUCGCAGCCACCCCGCUCACCGAGUAUCUGCUGGAGGCCCGCUCCCUAGCGCAACAGCAGCAAAAAAAAAAGAGUUUCGGCCCGAUCCGACAAACCGGGCCAGCGCGCAAAGAUAGUUCAGAAAUGGCCUGCAUAGACAAAGCGUCGUGCGGCAAGGAAAACGCAUGUGACAACAUCCAGAUCGGCGACGUCGUCACCGUCAAGGAGACGCGCGGCCAGGGCGACGGCGGCGUCGGCGUCGUGCGCGCGAUCAACGACGACGGCACGCUCCGCGUCAAGUACACCAUCGGCGGCGGCACGGCGCGCGCCGUCGCGCGGGCCGACUGCCGGCCCGGCAGCCACGCGGGCGAGCACUACGAGAAGAAGCUGACCAAGUGGCGCGAGCGCGUCGACAGCUUCUUCGCGCGCGACGACGACGAGGCCGACGACGCCUUCGCGGCGCGCGUCGCCGUGCUGCGGCUCGACGACCUCGUCGACAAGAAGAGCCGCGAGCAGGCGCGCCCCCGGCGCGACGCAAAAAUAGUUGAGAGUCGCCCUUCACCCCCUUUCGCACAGGUCGAGUACGUGCUCGACAAGGUGCUCGCGGAGCCGCGCCCCCCCAUCCAGAUCGCGUUCCUCCAGGGCGCCAUCCCGCUCCAGACCGGCGCGUGCUUCGAGAAGCUGCUCGGCGCGCUCCGCGGGCCGCGCGGCGGCGGCGGCGGCGGCGGCGGCUUCACGGCGGCGGCGGGCCGCGGGAGCGGCGGCGCGCGGAAGAAGGAGCAGGUCGCCUGGCGGCGGACGGGGUCGUCGUGGCUCGGCCGGCGCGUCGUCCUCGAGCCGGCGGACGGCGCGGCGCCGGUCGCGGCGACGAUCGACGGCUACCGGCCGCCGGCCGAGACCAAGGUCCGCCUCGACCCCCACGGGCCCUUCGUGCCGCUCUUCCGCGCGCGCUUCGACGACGCGGCGCUCGGCGUCCGCGCGGACCUCUACGAGGCGGACGUCGAGCACGCGGCGGCCGCGGCGCUCGCGGCGGGCCUCGCGGCGGCCGACGACGCGCAGCGCGCGGCGCCCCCGGCCGAGCGCUGCGCGCCGCGCAUCUGGUCCGUGAACCUGGGCGAGCUCAGCUUCGGGCCGCUCGAGCUCGGCCGGCUCCGCGACUGCUUCGGCGACGCGCGCUGCGGCGUGACGCACGUCUUCCUCGAGUGCAACAACAUCUGCUGCGUGCCCUACGACGCCGAGUCGGCCGCGGACGGCGCCGUGCGCGAGGCGGCGCGCGCCGUCGCCGCGCGCCGCCGCGCCGAGCGCCUGGACCUCCGCGGCGCGUGGAAGGACCUCUUCCGCGACCUCGUGCGGGCGAACCGCGCGAAGCACGACCUCUACCUGCUGCGCGACGGCGACGCGGACCAGAACGCCGUGGCGCGCGCCCCGCGUCCUUGAUGACCGUCCGACGCGCGUCACGCUCGCGUCGCGCAGGUGCUCCAGUCCGUCAAGAACUGGUUCAACCCCACGGGCCACGGCGCCAACAAGGCCUGGCUCGCGCGCCAGAAGGACGGCGGCGGCGCCGACGCCGGCGCGGCGCUCCUGGCGGCCGUCGCGACGCGGCACCGCCGCAAGGAGGAGCGCCGCGCGGCGCCGGGCGACCGCGUCCGCGUCCUCCAGGCCGGCGGUGCCUGGGCGCGCGGCGUCGUCGCGCCGCUCGCGCCGACCGAGGCGCCGGCCGAAGGCGCCGGCGCGGCCGCUGAAGGCGCGUCCGACGCGCCGGCCGAAGGCGAUGCCGCACCGCCGACGCUCUUCAGCGUCGCGCUCGACGCCACGCCGACGUUGCUCGCCGGCCAGCGGCUCGACGCCUCGACGUUCGGCGCGACGUGGCGCUGGGACGACGAGCCCGAGCGCGGCGACGUCGUCGAGUACGACCUCUCGCACCACGCGGGCGUCUCGUCCACGGGCCGCCGCGCGCCGCCGUUCCUCGUCGCGCGCGACGGCCUCCGGCGCUGCGUCGUCGUCGGCGCGCGCUGCGCCGGCUACGACGGGUGGCGGACCUGCGGCUUCGUCGACGCGGGCGCCGCGCGCCGGUCGCAGAGCCGCGUGCUGCGCCUGCCGCCGCUCGACACGCAGGGCCUCGCGCGGCCCGUCUGGCGGUUCCAGCACGCGGCGGGCACGACGGGCGCGGCGGCCGCCGCCGCCUACGUCCGCGGCCGCCGCCGCGCCGCCGCGGCGACCGCGACGCCGACGCCGGCGCCGGGCCUGCGCGUCGUCUGCCGCGUCGACGGCGUCGACCGCGCGGGCGUCGUCGAGCGCGUCGGUCUCGCGGCCUGCCGGUACGCGAGCCCCGAGGCGCCGCCCGCGCCCGCGCCGGUGGAGCCGGAGCCCGCGGAGCCCGCGGAGCCCGCGGAGCCCGCGGAGCCCGCGCCCGCGCCGAAGCGGGCGCGGACACAGGUGCCGCGCGACGCGCGAGUCGGCCGGUGGGUCGAAGUCUACUGGGCCGGCGACGGCGAGUGGUUCCUCGGCCGCGUCGCCGGCCAGCGCGAGGGCAAGCUCAAGAUCGCCUACACGGACGGCGAGGCGCUCUACCAAGUGUUGCAGGACGAGCCGUUCGCCGGCGACGGCGACCCGCCGGCGCCCGCCGACGGCGAGCCCGAGCACUUUCGCUUCGCCGAGGCGCCGCCGCCGCCGCCGCCGCCCCCGCCGCCCGCGCCCAAGCCCAAGGCCGCGCCGACGGACUCCAGCAAGCUCGCCAAGCACGACGUCAUCGCCGUCCGCGGCGAACGCGCGACGGUCCUCGGCAAGCGCGUGCUCCUCGAAGACUCGAGCAGCGACGACGACGCGCCGGCGCCGGCACCGGCGCGCGGCCGCCGCGAGCGCAAAAAGCCCGACGCGUUCGCGGCCGGCGUGUCGUCGUCCGAGUACACGCGCCAGCUGCGCGAAGCGGCCGAGAAGCGCGCCGCCGCCGCGCUCGCUGCGACCCACCACGAGCUCGAGUUCGCCGACGGCCGCAAGGAGCACGUGAAGCUGUCGCGCCGCGCCGGCGACGACGCCGGCGACGACGCGGGCGCGCCCUGGACGUUCGUCGAGCGCAAGGAGCGCAAGGCGCCGGCGCCGAAGAAGCCCAAGGCGGCCCCGAAGCGCAAGGCCGCGGCCCGCAAGCCGCCGGCGGCCAAGAAAGCGAAGACGCCCGCCGACGAGGCGAAGCCGCCGCGCCGCCGCGCGCCGCCGCCGCCGCCGCCGCCGCGCGUCGACCGGCCGCGCCGCGACAGACAGCGCGUCAAAAACGGGACGGACGACCUGUCGUCGACGGAGCUGACGCGCCUGCUGCGCGAGCAAGCGCGAACCAAGGCGGAGACUUGCGACGUGUUACUGGACGAAGCGGACGGCCGCCCGUCGCGCGGCGUGCGGCUGCGCCUCGGUGCGAAAGCCUUUGAGGAGGGUUUGUGGCGGCCCGAGACGGGCUCGCAGCGCGCCGACGGCGCGCCGUUCGUCAUGCAGACGGAAUCCUGGGAGGCCGCCGCGAUCGCGCGCCGGGGCGGCGACGCCGCGACGCGCGGCCGGCUCCGGGCCAAGUACAAGGGCGUCGUGUUCCGCGACACGGACGCCACGUUCGACGAGGUCCGCGUCGUCGAGGACGUCGUCGCGUCCGGCGACGGCGACUACUGGGAGCUGUCGACGCAGUUGGUCGACGGGGGCGACGACGAGCCCCCGCUGCCCUACGGCAUCGCCGCUCUCAUGCCCAUGGUCGCGGCCGCGCCGGCGAACAUGCAGACGCGGGAGGUCGUCUUCGAGAUCCCCAAGAAGUGAGUCGCAUUCUUCCCCCAGUAUCCCCAUCGACACGUCGUAGAGCCUAAGCUCACAAG